AUGCCGUUCACGACCAUCCUGCCCGUCGUCUUCUCCUGCUUUGGCCUUUGCUUCCUUGUGCUGCUCUACGUCAUCUACAAGCCCCCCUCAUGGCUGAUCGACCAGCUCCAACGUCGCUGGCCUGAUGUCCUCUUCCAGGUCUCGACCACUAGCAGACAGAAGAUGGUGGCGCUGACGAUUGACGACGGCCCAUCCGCGUCGACGGCCGAGAUCCAAGCCAUCCUCGACGGCCACGGCGCCAAAGCCACUUUCUUCCUCAUCGGCUCUCACAUGCCGGGCCGUGAAGAGACGUUGCGGGAGCUGGUUCGCAGCGGACACGAACUGGCCAACCACGCGAUGCGCGAUGAACCGUCUCGCGCCCUCCCGGCCGCCGAAUUGAGUGGCCAGAUCCGCCGGGUCGAUACACAGCUCCAAGAGAUCUACGAUUCCAACCGGGCCGGGAGCGGGAGCCGGCUCCAGCAGCCUAGUAGUAGAUCCAGAUCCAGAUACUUCCGCCCCGGUAGCGGCUUCUUCAGCACGUCGAUGCGGAAAGUCGUGGCCGACUCCGGUGGCCGCAUCGUGCUGGGCAGCAUCUACCCGCACGACGCCCAGAUUCCCUUCUGGAAGCUCAAUGCCCGCCAUAUCCUCAGCAUGCUGAGACCCGGCGCUAUCAUCGUCUGCCAUGACAGGAGCUGGACCGCCCCGAUGCUGAGAGCGGUACUGCCUGAGCUGAGGACAAGAGGCUACCACGUCGUCACUGUGACGGAGCUGCUCAACGCUACUGAUGGCUGA